GCCUCUUAUGGAUGGUUUCAUACAUGAAUCUGCUGAAUGCAGACCAAUUAGAAUAACCAAAUCGGUGUUGAAAAGACAGAAAAACCUUCUAAAGAACAAUGAAACGAUAUACCACGACAAAGUUCCCAUAUGCACUCGUUUCUAUUUGCAACUACUAAAGCGUAGUCAGUUUUUACAGAACUUCAUUGACACCGAAACCUUUGAAUACGCGUCUGAAAGUGAAAAAGCAGUGAACUCCCCCGAGCCAGCGAAGGCGAAAGUUCAGAAAAUAAAAGAAGUAGACAGGACUACGUACAACCUACGUUCAAGCGAAAGAACAGAGCGCAAAGUGUACGAAAGCGUAAAGCCACGCACACGUAAAGCGAAAACUGAAAACGGAACGCAAAUCCAACUUUCCGAAGCGAAAAAUUCUGAACGAAAGCGGAAAUGUCGCCGAGAGCCGUUGGCGCCAAUCAUAGAAGAAAUAAAAAACCGUGAGCCGAUAAAAACUAUAAACAACACGUUGAAGACUGCGAAUAAUCUUUUAAAAAGUAAUAAAGGGGCUGAAAUAGAUAAAAUAGCGGAGAAAUUGAAGAGCUUAAAAGGUAUUUCUGAUGAAAUUCCUGAAAAACAAGUGGUGACCAGCAAAGAAUUUGAUAAAGAGAAUUCAGAGCCGUGUGUAAAAGUUGACAAGGCGCUAGAGUGCUAUAAGGAACAAGUGGACGUAUCAAAGGGCGAGUGGCGGUCGCGGCGUUGGGUCGGCGCGAGUCACGCUUGCAGCUACUGCGGGAAGCGCUUCGACAGACCCUGGGUGCUGAAGGGGCAUCUUCGCCUCCACACCGGCGAGCGCCCCUUCGUCUGCCCACAUCCGCUCUGUACCAGGACUUUUGCUGAUCGGUCGAACCUGCGCGCGCACCAGCGCACGCGCGGCCAUCACUCGUGGCAGUGGAAUUGCACGGAGUGCGGGAAGGCGUUCUCACAACGGCGCUACCUCGAACGACACCGCACCGACGCCUGCCGCAAGUAUAAGCUACACUCCCGGAACAACAAGACAGAGUCGCAGACCUUGAAAGCAGACGCGCCUCCAGUCACAGUACCCAUGUACGGUGUGGUCAACCACAAACUCAGUUUGAAGUGUGAAGAACUUCCAGAAGUCAGCAAUCCGGAAAAGUAUGACGACAAGCCGAUAGACCUGUCCAUUGGAAAGAGGGAGAUAGAAAAUUAAGUGACGGUGCAUGUUUUAUAUUAUUAUGCAUGAUAACUGAUAAGCUAUACAGUUAUGUUAAUAUAUUUUUCUUGUUCUUAA